UGAAUAUAAUGGUCAUAUAUAUCGAUUAUAAAAGUAAUAUACUUUUAUUGAAAAAGGUGAAUAAUAAAAUCUUAUUUACGACACUGAAUGCAGAAUGGCUGACAAGAAUAUUGUGGGGUCGAAGCUUGCUACUUUAUUGGCAUUUUCAGCUGGUGCCUUGUACUUCACCUACCAAAUAGGACUUAAACUUGCUAGAUCAUCUAACACUGAAGACGAUGAAGAGUCUGAAGAUGAAGAAGAGGAAGAAGAGGAAGAUGAAGGUGAAGUACCUCAUGAAGUAGAGCAGAAAGCAAGAGAAACAAGAUCCCCUGCACUUUCUAUAUGUGAUCCCGAUGACGUUGGACUUGAUGUUGUCACACAAGAGGAGAUCAAAAAAGUACUUUUAGAUGAGACAAGGUCUAGGUCUGGUACUGUCACUCCAAUAUCAGGAGCCCAGUCUCCUUAUUACUAUGGAGCCCAGUCUCCCAGAUCUGGAGCCCAGUCUCCCGUAUAUUCUCCUUGGGCAGGAGUUCAAUCUCCUAGUGCUUAUGGGGCUAUGUUGCCAAAUGCUGGAGCCCGUUCUCCCGAGCCAUUAGAACCCACACAAUCUCAAGGCACAAUCCAAGGUGCCUCAAUACAAAGUGUCCCUCCACAGGGUGGCUCAACACAAAGUGUCCCACCACAGGGUGUCUCAAUACAGCAAGACCAAGAAGAAUCUUUAGAAGACAAAGACGGGACAAAUGAAUCUCCUUCUGAGAAUCUGGAACAAAUUGAAGAACCAACUUUGAAAGCCAGUGAAGUAAUACAUGUUGAAAGUGAACCACUACCAAGUGCAACAGGACAGAAACAGUAUGAUGAGACACAGGCAAAUAGUGAUAUCACUCACAGAACUGAGGUGCAAGAUUUAGAAAGUUUACCAACAACAGAGCAAGUGCAAUUUUUAGAAAGUGCAACAGAUGAAGUGCAAGAUACAAAACCUGCAAGGGAAGAACCAGUAGAAGAAGAUUCAGCUGCCACUGCUGCAGUUACAGAGAAUGUUCCACUAGAUAUUUCCCAAGACAGCAUAGACCUGAUACCUGCCUUAGGAGGCAAAGCAAAGUCCCCCUCCCCUGCUGACAGCCUCAAAGUCCCCACUCCUAGCCUCUCUGUGGAGAGCAGCCCUGAGCCUGAUAGUCUGGAGGAAGAUACGGGUGUGAUUGAUGUAAGAGCAACCUCUGAGGAAGCUGAGCCUUUACUCGAGGAUCCUCCAAGUUCCGUCCCUAUUAAUCAAUAUGACUCCCAGUUCCCUGCCCCUAAUGCUGACCCCACACUUGAUGUCCCGACACAACAAGGUUUCUUUCUACAUGGAGAAAGUAAUGAAUCAGAGCCAUCUAUUCAGCAAGUCGAUUGUAGCCCAGCAGUCGUGCCACCAGGCGGUCCUGAUGACGAUAGUGCCCUCUAUAGUGCAGCUAUCGAAAUAACAAAUAAUGCAGUUGAAAAUGCAAUAGCACGAUUAGAAUCUGAGAAAAAGGACAGUGAAUCUCAUCCAAAAGAUCUUGAACAAUUAGAAGCUAUUAAUGAACUCCAAAGUAAAGUGAAGUCCAACUGGGCUACCUGGGGUGAUGGAAACAUAGACAAUGUUGAUUCAAAUGAAAGCAGGGUGGAAUCUGAGGGUGCUAGUUUAGUGGACUCCCUAGAAGGCACUCUAGAUGUACAAGAUGGUGACCAUCUAGGAGGAGGAGGCGAGGGACUAGCAACAUACAAGUCAAGCAGCUCUAGUAGCUCAUCCUCAUCUUCAAAAUCACGAAGCAGCUCAAGAGAAUCAACUCCAAACUUCUCCCCAAAUGAAAUAGAACAAGCUUUAGAGUCAGCAGAAGCCAAAGAUAUCAGUCUUAGGGAUGCCAGAGUGUUGGUGCAGCUUAUGUCUACCAAGGACAAUAGACAACUCAGUAAGCUGCUCACCACAAUAUCCAACUGUGCUACUUUCACCAACAACCAGAACUUUCUGAGGGAAGCUGGCUGUAUUGUUAAAUUAGAACAAUUACUGAUGUCCCACAACAUGGCCAUGAGAUCAGGGUUCAGCACUUCUUCAGCUGUUGUCUCUGACAUCACAAACACAAUCACAAACCUUGCAGUCAAUGAAGAGAACCAAAAAUUAUUAGAGGAUUGUAUUCCAAUUUUAAUCGACAUAACUCUUUGGGAGAAAUGUGAUGCAUCAACGCAACUGCAUUGUUUACAAGCUUUAACGAAUCUCUCAGUGACAUCUCGUCACCACAAGUACUACACACGCAUCAUUGAACGAUUGUACGCUUGUCUUGACAUGGAAAGUCACACCCUGAAGUUGCAGUCUCUGAAAGUGCUGGUUAAUCUGUCCUGUAAUCCUCAUAUGGUGCCACAUCUGCUAGCUGCCAAAGCCCCAGGCAAGUUGCUCCAACUUUUGGUACCUGACAACGAUGAAGCAAUCCUUCUACGAUGGACAACGUUUUUAAGUCAUAUUAUUCAGACAGCCAAUGAACAGGGCAUUACUGAAGCUACUCUCCCUACUGACUUUAAGGCUGCUUCUCCAGAAACAAUGCAUACUGCCUUAUAUGGAAUUUCAAACUCAACGCAACUGAAGAGUAAAGUGUUUAUAUUGUGUCGCCAUGGCAAUGAGGACAUUAGUUCUCAUUCAAGUAAGCUCUAUGGAAUUUUAACCCAGUGAUGAAUCAGAAAUACAUGAAUUUUCAUGCAUUUUGCUGAAGUCAUUUGGAACUAAGUCACGGGAGAAUUAUUCUAUUGGAAGCAUAGUGUCCUGAAACCUUCUAAUUUUAUAGGGCCAUAUAUUUACAUCUAUUUCGUGAAGCUAAAAAUUAUCACCUUAUAUGGCAAUUUGUUAAAGUAGAUAAUGCUGACAAAUACAGUGACUUGUAGGUGAGAAUAAAAUCUGAAAAAGUCAUGUCUUGAAAAUGACAUGAUCAUGUACAAUAUGUAAAAAGAAUGCUGUAGGAGUAAUAUGUGUGCAAUUAGAAAGCAAUUGGAGCAACAAUAAUCGUGAAAUUGUAAUAUCUCAUAUUAAUUUCAAGAAUUGUUACAUCUUUUUGAAAUACGAGGACUGAUCAAUAUGUUCUAGUAAAAGUGAUCAUUGCAAUAGAAGCAUUGCCUUCUGGAUAUCAAUUGCAGUGAAAUUAUUCUUACAAAAAUGGACAUAAAAUAUUGUCAACUUGCAAUCAUUAUACAAGCUUUUACUGUUGCUCUGAUUGUUCAUUAGUAUGUAAAAAUGAAUCAAUGAUUAGAAGUGCAAUAUGUAACAUAAAAUAUAAUUUGUAUUUUUGUUAUAUGAUGAUUUAUAGAUUUUUUAUCAUAACAUAAUUUUGUACAUGAUAAAUUCAUGAUUUCAAUUAAUAUGAUUAAUGAAUAUUGAAUGUACUGCUAUUAAAUGACUGGUCAGCUUAACUGAGUCAAUGAAAGAGUAUUGAGAUUAAAAUGAUUUUUGAAUGCUUGUCCACAGUGAGCAUGAUUCAACAGAGACCGAUUUGUUAUUAACUAUUAUUUGUAUUAUUAUUAAUUAUAAAUAAUUAUCAUGGGAUGUGCAUAAAUUAGACAUUGGUA